UGCGCUGCAUCCGACGAACCGACUCUCGCGAACCGGCCAGUGUCGAUCGUUCAUUCGAGACUGCAGGAUCGUUCAGUUUGAACGAUACCACGAUAGAUCGAACCCAGUCGGCUUGAUUGCCGCCGAAAACGAUCGUUCUUUCCAUAACCGUUUCCAUUUACCUGGUGGAUCGAUAGAUAACAUUUAUGCUAAACGGGCUGGCGACGCAGUGAUUUUCCUCGUUUACAUUCUGUGCUCAGGGCAGGUUUUAAGAUGAAGUCAAUAUUAUGGCUGCCCUUGCUGUGUUCUACCGUUUUAUCCCAAAGCUUCUCCAACAACCCGAACUCAGCUCAAAUAUCCUCCGCAAUCAGCGUGUCCGAAGACCAGUUCCUCCAAGACCAAGUUCAUAAUUUACCGCAAAACGUCGCCCAAACCCUCCCCCAAAACGCCGAGCAAAGAAACUAUCAACCGAACCAACUCAAUACCUUCAGCCAAGACGGACAAGUGGACAAUUACAAUAUAGGAUGGAACUAUCAUGAUUUCGACGCGAUGACGCAGUUUUUAAGGGACACGACGAGAAGAUAUCCAUCAUUGACCGCUCUCUAUUCCAUCGGAAAAUCGGUGCAAGGACGCGACUUGUGGGUCAUGGUCGUGUCGGCUUCCCCCUACGAACACAUGAUCGGCAAACCGGACGUAAAAUACAUCGGGAACAUACAUGGCAAUGAAGCUGUCAGCAAAGAACUGCUCCUCCAUCUCAUACACUAUUUAACUACAAGUUACGCGACUGAUCCGUAUGUGCGGUGGCUGCUGGACAAUACAAGGAUUCACAUCCUCCCGUCCAUGAACCCGGACGGCUUCGAGGUGUCCAAAGAAGGUACAUGCGACGGAGGACAGGGUAGAUACAACGCCAGAGGUUUCGACUUGAACCGCAACUUCCCCGACUACUUCAAACAGAACAACAAGCGAGUACAACCGGAAACAGAGGCGGUCAAAGAGUGGGUCUCCAAGAUUCAAUUUGUGUUGUCUGGAAGUUUGCAUGGGGGCGCUCUGGUGGCCAGCUAUCCUUUCGACAACACUCCUAACUCCCGAUUGUGCAGGUCUUCGGCCUUGUGCUCUUUAUUCCUGUCUUAUUCGUCAGCACCAUCCUUGACACCUGACGAUGAUGUCUUCAAACAUCUCGCCUUGACUUACUCCACCAACCAUGCUAAGAUGAGUCGCGGUGUCUCUUGUAAGCAAUCUCAACAAUCAUUCAAGAGGGGUAUCACAAACGGUGCUGAAUGGUACCCACUAACUGGAGGCAUGCAGGACUACAACUACGUUUGGUACGGCUGUAUGGAGGUCACACUAGAAGUGUCUUGUUGUAAAUAUCCUCCAGCCCACGAGUUACCGAAAUAUUGGGAGGACAACAAAAUGUCGUUGAUUAAGUAUUUGGCUGAAGCUCACAGAGGCGUUCACGGUUUCGUAAUGGACGAAAACGGCAACCCAGUAGAAAAAGCAUCUUUGAAAGUAAAAUCUAGAGAUGUAGGUUUCCAGUCUACGAAAUAUGGAGAGUUCUGGAGGAUUUUGUUGCCAGGCGUCUACACAUUAGAAGUAUACGCCGACGGUUACGUGCCAAGGGAGCUCGACUUCAUGGUUGUCGAAGAACAUCCCACUUUGUUGAAUGUUACCCUCCAUGCUGCAAAGAGAAAGGAUGGACAUUAUUACAGACCCCACGCACCAGUUUUCCACCACAGAGUACCGCAAAUACCCCAACAACAAGCCCAAGAAAGUGGAAUCAUCUCGUCGAUCACAAGCGGAUUCUCUAACUUAGUCAACUAUUUUGGUUAAUUUCACGUGCAAGUGCAAACUUGGAACGUAUUCUCUUAAUUGAAAUGUACAAAAAUUCAAAAACCAACUAGAUUAACCCACAAUAAAUCCAAAGUGGGCUUGAAGAAGCGACAGCUCUCUUAGCUAGUCUUAGACACUGCCUUAUUGGUUUUUGAACCCGUAUUUAUUAAAUUUUUUAGUCUUCCACCAUGAGCAGUUGUUGAAACUUGCCUUCCUGUAUGUUAAUUAUGUGUUAUUUAUGUUCCCGCACUGUUUUAAUUUAUUGGCACUGCAAGUACAGUAGUUUUAAUGUUCUGGUCUCAGGUACUUUAAGAAAAACACAAUGUAGUAAGAAUUGUUAAUAUAACAAUUUUAGUUCCACUGUUAUCACUUGUUAUAUAGACUGUUAUAAUUUAUUCUGUAAGUAAAAUAAAAAUAAAUAUUAAAC